CCCCCCCCCCCGCCGCACGACAUGGGGCCCGCUUUCCACCUGGCCCGCGCAGCCGACCCGCGAGAGCCGCUGGAGAACUCGGCCAGCGAGUCUUCGGACACCGAGCUGACAGAGAAGGAGCGCGGCGGGGAACCCAAGGGGCCUGAGGACAGUAGCACGGGCGGCGCGGGCUGCGGCGGCCCGGAGGACCCCGCCAAGAAGAAGAAGCAGCGGCGGCAACGCACGCACUUCACAAGCCAGCAAAUGCAAGAGCUGGGAGCCACGUUCCAGAGGAACCGCUACCCCGACAUGAGCAUGAGGGAGGAGAUCGCAGUGUGGACCAACCUCACCGAGCCGCGCGUGCGGGUCUGGUUCAAGAACCGGAGAGCCAAGUGGCGGAAGCGCGAGCGGAACCAGCAGCUGGACCUGUGCAAGGGCGGCUACGUGCCGCAGUUCAGCGGCCUGGUGCAGCCCUACGAGGACGUGUACGCCGCCGGCUACUCCUACAACAACUGGGCCGCCAAGAGCCUGGCGCCGGCGCCGCUCUCCACCAAGAGCUUCACCUUCUUCAACUCCAUGAGCCCGCUGUCGUCGCAGUCCAUGUUCUCGGCACCCAGCUCCAUCUCCUCCAUGACCAUGCCGUCCAGCAUGGGCCCGGGCGCCGUGCCCGGCAUGCCCAACUCGGGCCUCAACAACAUCAACAACCUCACCGGCUCCUCGCUUAACUCGGCCAUGUCCCCGGGCGCCUGCCCGUACGGCACUCCCGCCUCGCCCUACAGCGUCUACCGGGACACGUGCAACUCGAGCCUAGCCAGCCUGCGGCUCAAGUCCAAGCAGCACUCGUCGUUCGGCUACGGCGGCCUUCAGGGCCCGGCCUCGGGCCUCAACGCGUGCCAGUACAACAGCUGA